AUGAAGAUCAACGGCUACGUUCGGCUGUUGGCCCUAGGCGUCUGCGUGGCUUGCGCUUUGCAUGACGUGUACGCCAAAGCCACCGGAAGUGUCACGGCCGUCGACAGCGGUCCGGCGGACGCGUUGUCCAGAGACCGCCGGUUCGUCGUGGUCAACGGCGAAGGUGUGCCCGAAUACCCGGACGUAGACGACGGCGACGACGACGGCGGCGGCUACGACUACGACGGCGGCUAUUACCCGGACUUGGACCACGACUUGGACGACGACGAUGACUUGGACUUGGACGACUACGACCACGACCACGGUCACCGCUAUUGGUGGUACCAUUACUAUCACCAUCAUCACCACGACGGGCCCACGUUGCCGUUCCCGCUGUUCCCGCCGUUCCGCCGUCACCUCCACCGGCACAGGCGACCGGUGCCGGGCUGCGACCAGUGGCCGUUCGAGUGCCGCAACAGGUUAGAAGUGAUCCAAUGGCUUCAGUGUUACUACGAGUUCGUCGGAGGACCUCACGAAAACGUUUACCACGACACGGGUCACGGCACGGUCGUCCACACGUUUUGAGUAGAGCAUAGACAAGUUUCCCGGCUGGAGCGAUUGGUGUAAAGAAUGGUGCUCGAUGGUAAGGGCCUACAAUCAAAAAGCGGAAAGCGAUUCUUUAACACGGCUAUGAUAGAACUUAAUAUGAUAAUGUAUGAAAAUAAUACACGCAUGGCAUACACUCUAGACAUUAAAGUGCA